GGCUGGGUGCUGGGACUCCGGCGCCGGAAGCAUAAUCGCAUCGGCUUGGCAGCGAUUGCUCAGCAGUGACAUUCCAAGUCGUGCCCGACUAAAUACCACUUCGCACCAUGGACCACGCACACUCCUCCUCGUCCUCUCACCACCUCCAGGCCUCGACCAGUCGCGGUCCCACUCCUAUUUCCCCCAUCCAUCACCCGCAUACUAAUACCCCGCUCUCGCGCCUUGCCAUCCCCUACUCUACCUCCCUACCCUCGCUGCGCAGACAGGCUCACUCCCCUGCCCCAGGGGCAGACGACCAACACAUGGCUGGCAGCCUCGCCGUCGCGUCUCCCACCCGAGGCGCGUCGCCUGCCGAUCUUCAGAACCAUCUGUACCAGUCAUUCUUGACGCGCAAGACGGCAGACGUCGCAUUGCGCAUCCGGGGAUCAUGGCACGCGAUCUACAGACUGCACAGGGUUGUGCUCAUCCAGGCUGGGUACUUCCAGUCCCUCUUCACGGCUGGCUUCGCAGAGAGCAAGUCCAAGCUCUGGGGGAGACACUCCGAGCUGGACGUCAUCGAGAUUGUCCUCGACGACCCGAACAUUACGCGUGCAGGUGAGUCUCACGUCAUGAUUCUUGUCUCAUCUGCGGGCCUGUUACGGGUGAUUGUCGGUCGUGGAGGGACAGCCGUGUAUCUAUGGGUCCCUUUGAACUGCGCGCACCAGAAUGGGAAUGACUGUAGUGAAAGCCAUUGCGGACAACUCGGUCUCUAGUCACGAAAUAACGAUAAACGAACUCUAAGCGGACGCCAGACAUGCUUUCAGACAGCGUUAUGCGACAUGCUGUCGCCGUGCGCAGGCGUCAGCGACUGGUGUGUACGGAGGUGAAUUACAUGGUGCCGGCCGUGUGUCUGCCUGUGGACUGCUGCUUGUUGACUAUGUAGCUCAUCUCUGUACAUGUCAUGUAGUCUAUGACGUCCAGCAAUACAUCUGUCUUCCGUGUCCGCGUCAGCGUCGAGAGAGAAACCAUUCAAAGCUGUACUGCUCAUCAAUUGUGAUGUCAUUUCCGCGGACACAUUUGCUAACGCUUUGCGCGCUUCUCUCUGCAGCGUUCGAGUAAGUGUUGCCAACGAUCUGUUCUG